CGGCGGAGGGACCUGCCCCGCCGAGGGCGCCGCCGGGGAUGUGACUGCCCCCAGCUCCGCUCCGGGGCCCGGGGGGCCGCGCCCAGGUCCGCGGGGCCGCCAGGAGAAUAUGAAAGUGUUACUCAGGCUUGUUUGUUUCAUAGCUCUACUGAUUUCUUCUCUGGAAGCUGGUAAAUGUGAGGAACGUAAAGAAGAAAUAAUUUUAAUUUCUUCUGCAUAUGAAAUUGGAGUUCGUAUAUGUCCUCUUUACACAAAUGAAAACAAAGGCACUAUAAAUUGGUAUAAAAAUGACAGCAACACAUCUAUAUCUAUGGAAAGGGGCUCCAGGAUCCAUCAGUACAGAGAUAAGCUGUGGUUUGUUCCAGCUAAGGUCGAGGACUCAGGACAGUACUAUUGCACCGUGAGCAAUUCAACUUACUGCCUCAAGAUUGAACUAACUGCAAAGUUUGUACAACAUGAACCUGACUUGUGUUACAGUGCACAAACCAUAUACAAACAGAAACUCAUCAUUGCAGGAAAUGGAAAACUUGUGUGUCCUUAUUUGGAUUAUUUUAAGGAUGAAAAUAAUAAGUUACCCAAAAUAGAGUGGGAUAAGGAUUGCAAACCUCUACUUCUUGACAAAGAAAACUUCAUUGGGGAAUCAAAUAAGCUCAUCAUCACGAACGUGACUGAAGCGCACAAAGGGAACUACACUUGCCGCACGUCCUACGUGCUCCUGGGAAAGCGCUACCCCAUCACGCGGGUGAUCCAGCUCCUCACUCUCGAGGAGAAGAGGCCCCAGAGCCCUGAGAUUGUGAGUCCGGUGAACGAGACGAUGGAAGUGGUCCCGGGAUCCCAGCUACAGUUGGUGUGCAAUGUCACCAGCCAUUACAUUAACAAUGUCUACUGGAAGUGGAAAGGGUCGCUAAUUGAUGAUGAAGACCCAGUGCUGGUACAAGACUACAUACAAGUGGAAAAUCCUUCAUCCAAAAACGCGAAUACAGUCAUCCUAAUGCUUAAUAUUUUAAAAGUGAAAAGUGAAUUUUAUCUAUAUCCAUUUACCUGCAUAGCCAAGAAUAAAUAUGGUAUAAACUCAGCAUAUGUCCAAUUCAUACACCCAGUCCCCAAUUUCCAGAAGCUCAUAAUUGGCAUAUUUGUCAUGUUAACAGUAGUGAUUACGAGCGUUGUUUUCAUCUAUAAAAUCUUCAAGGUUGACAUUGUACUUUGGUACAGGGAUUCUUGCUAUGAUUUUUUCCCGAAAAAAGCUUCGGACAGAAAGACCUACGAUGCGUACAUCCUGUAUCCGAAGACCCUUGGGGAUGGGGCCACCUCUCACUUGGAUGCUUUUGUGUUUAGGAUCUUGCCUGAGGUCUUAGAGAAACAGUGUGGCUACAAGCUGUUCAUUUACGGAAGGGAUGACUACCCUGGGGAAGACGUUGCUGAGGUCACGAAUGAAAACAUAAGGAAGAGCAGAAGGCUCAUUAUUGUUUUGGUCCGAGAAACAUCGGGAUUCAGCUGGCUGGGGAGUAUGUCCGAAGAGCAAAUCGGGCUGUACAACGCCCUCAUUCAGGAUGGGGUCAAGGUCAUCCUGCUGGAGCUGGAGAAGAUCCAGGACUACGAGAAAAUGCCCGAGUCCAUCCAGUUCCUCAGGCGGAAGCAGGGGGCCAUCCGCUGGUCCGGGGACUGGACGGCGGGGAGGCCCCAGUCCGCAAAGACAAGGUUCUGGAAGCAGGUCCGGUACCACAUGCCCGUGCAGCAGCCGCUGCGGCCCCGCGCAGGCCGGCCCCAGGGAGAGCCCGGGGUGCCGGGCUGCCCGGCGCCUUGCUGAUGCGCACAGAGCCCUCGCGUGGCCCUGCACCGGGCCGGGAGCCGGGUUGUUGGGGAGCAGGUGGGUGGCCACAGCAGAGAGGGGAAGGCCUUGCCCGGCCUCGCUGCCCUCGGACGUGAGUUGCCGAGAAAAGGCCCUGGGAGCGAGCAGCCCACAGCGCGCUGAGCAAACACCAGCCACUGAGAUGGACGCCGCCGCCAUCGGCUCAGGGACUGUGCCAGGCUAGGGAUGGCCGGGCCCUCGAUGCAGGGGGUGGGGAGACGAGUGGGAGAGCCGCCCACGGGCUGCGUGUCCAUGCACGCCCGCCAGCAGCAGCUUGAGCCUGAGCUUUGCCGUUCAGACUGUAACGCUGCCAUUGCAGCCACAGGCCGGAGAGUCCACGGCCAGAGUUGCAGGAGGGACUUCUGUGGUGCCCGGUGGCCAUUCUGUCCACCCUCCGCAUGCCACGGCUCUUUUCUUCCUCCUCCACGGGGCCACACAGACCCACAGGUCAGCUGCCCCUCAGCGCUGCUCUCCCCCAGCCUGCGGCGAGGAGCAGAGCUGGUGCCCGGCGCCCACUGCCUGGCCCGCGGGGCUGGUCCAGCCGCGGCCCCAGGCCGGGCAGCGCUGUGAGCGCCGGCUGCUUCCCCGGCUCCCCGCCUGGGCUGUGUGAGGUCACUCAGCCGCUGGCCGGCCUCCAGGCGGCGGAUGUGACCUCGACCACGCUGUCCUCCCCGCCCCCCCUGAGGGAGAAACGGUGGUUCACAGGUGGGGCCGAGCACAGGCCUGCUGCUCAUUCCUGUGAAUGUCGGAACUAACAAGAUCACGUUAGAUUGUUAUGGAAAAGCUCUGCCUCCGUGUAUUCUUCCCUGAAGUGAAGGCAUGUUGGUAAAUAAGGAGAGCAGGCUGUGCUCUGUGUAGAACAUUUAAAACGGAGCAGCCCAGGACGGGCAGAGAAACAGCACUGCACCGCUGUGCGCGUCUGCUGAGGUCACCUGGACAUGCAGGCCUUUGCUUUCUGCCUUUUUAAUAUUUAACAUUCUAGGGGAACACAAACUUCCAUUGGUAUUUUUUUCCUCAGAAGUAAUCAGAACUGGACAGAAACAGAUUCACUGCCACCCCUUCCCACGCUCUCUGGGAUGCCGUCCGCAGCCGUGCGGACAGCGUGGUGGGAGCCGCUGUUCCCACUGAGCGCCUCUUUCCACCGCAGCCUCGGGGGUCUCGGACAGACCCCCUUACUCCCCCUUACACCUGGGGGGUGUAAGGGGGUCUGUCCCCUCCCACAGGCGAUCAGGUGCCUCACACCCUGCUGGGUGAGGGGCUCAGCUUAGAAAUGCCUGCAGGAGUCCAGGAAGGCCACUCUGAGCCAGGAGCUGAGGUGCGGCAGACACCAGGGCGGCCACGCCUGGCGGGGGAGGCACAGGGUGGACCCCGAGUUCCCUGGGAGCUGCCUCUGUUCUGCUGUUUCCCUCAAACCCUCCGUUGAGCCUGCCCUGCCAGGGCCUCCUCGCGAGCUGGGCUCACUGCGCCCGCCGGCAGUUUGCCAGCGAGUGCUCGGCGGUCGGCGGGGGCAGGAAGGGGUCGCUCCAGCGCUGCUUGGCCUCCGGCUCCGUUUACCGCAGGUGCGUGCGGAGCGGCAUGGCGGACACUGACAGUUACACCUGUAACCGUAAUGAGGAGGAGCUGCCGCAGACUCCUGUGUGUGAAUGAGUCAGAGCAGAUGGCAAAUAUAUUUUUAGUGAAAACACCAGUUCAUGUACAGCGUGUAUCAUCGAUCAGUGGGCUGUACUUGUUUUCUAAUAAAAUUGUCAAAACCUGG